GAGUAUAUAAGUGGGACAUUGCUGGCACAUACAGAAUUGGGACCUACUGCAAUACACCUCAUGACCAAAGGCGGCGCUGACGUAGCACUAAUGUAGAUGUCCACUGAAGAAGAAGACAAAGCCGCAUUUUUCUUCUCGGACUGUCGACGUCAACGCGAGCUUCCUUGGAUGCGACUCUUCAUGGGAAAUAACAUUUGUGACAAUCUUCACCAGAAGGACGUAAAGAUGACGUCAGUAGAUUACACUAUUGGAGGAGUGAAGGUUCAAUUCCCCUGCAAGGCUUAUCCUUCCCAGCUAGCCAUGAUGAACUCUAUCUUAAGGGGUUUGAACAACAGCCAGCACUGUUUACUGGAAAGUCCCACAGGAAGUGGCAAGAGUUUGGCUCUGCUGUGCUCGGCACUGGGAUGGCAGCGAGCGCAGCUUGAUAAAAUGCGAGGAGGAAGAUGUGAAGAAGAUUCUAGUAAAAGGUGCAGCGAUGACAAGCGGUCAAAGAUGAUGGAGACAUGUGACUGUGUCUGCCAUUGCAAAGUCCCAGCUUCCUCGAAUGCAACACCUGAUGUUAUUAAUCUGACGAAGUCUCCCUGCAAAGACAUCAAUCUGCCUGCACCAUCACCAGCUGUUCCCAGGAAAAAGUGGGCUGACAUUUGUCAUCUUCACAUCACCACUGACCAAGAUGAUUUCCAGCCAAAGAAGAAACGUAUUCGCACUGCUGAACAAAAGGGGGUGGUGUUUAUAGAGGAGACGCCACAGCUGGAAAGUUCUCAGAGUCUUCCCGUGACACCUAAAAGCCAUUCAGCUGAUUUGUUGUCUUCUUGCUCUUCUCCUGAAUGCUGCCAGUGUCCGUGUGCUGCAGCCAAAGGCAAGGUGAAAGAUGGCGACGGCACCAAGAAGGUGCCAAAGAUCUUCUUUGGCACACGCACACACAAACAGAUCACUCAGGUGGCCCACGAGCUGAGACGUUCUGCAUACUGCACCACUCCCAUGACCAUCUUGUCCAGCAGGGAACACACCUGUGUCAACCCCCAGGUGGCUCCUCACCCACACCGCAACGAACUCUGCAAGGAACUGAGAGAAGCCAAAGAUGGCAAGUCGUGCCGUUACCAUCAUGCAGUAAAGAAGAUGAGCCACCAGAGCCACCUGCAGUCACAUGGUCUACAACAGGCCUGGGACAUCGAGGACUUGGUGUCUUUGGGCAAACGUCUUCGUGCCUGUCCUUACUACGCUGCUCGUGAACUCAUGCAGAGCUCCCACAUCAUCUUCUGUCCUUACAACUACCUCCUGGACCCCAUGAUCCGAGAGAGUAUGAGCAUAGACCUGGCGGGCCACAUCCUGGUGCUGGAUGAAGGCCACAACAUAGAGGACUGUGCCAGGGAGAGUGGCAGCUUCAUUCUGGACCACAAGACGUUGCUGCUGUGCAGAGAUGAGCUGGACGUGAUGGUCAGCAGGAAGAUCCGAGUGUUGGAGCAUGUUCCUCUCAGGGACUUCUGCUGUGCCAUGGACAACUGGAUCCAGUCCAGCCAAGACCUUCUGGUGGAUCGAGGAUAUGAACAUGCAAGUAAAGUCUGGAGUGGAAAAGAUGUUCUAGGACUUUUUCACAGCCGAGGCAUCACUGUGGACACCUUUCAAAUCUUGCAGAAACAUCUGGCAGUCGUGCUAGAGAAGGAGGAGGUGGAGGUGUCGCUAGAUGGCACAGAGGACCGAGUGCAGUGUUCUACCAUCAGCUCUUCAGCAGCCACUGUCCUCAAAGGUCUCUUCAUGGUGCUGGACUUCCUCUACAGAGACAACUGCAGGUACUGUGAGGACUACAGAGUUGCCCUCCAGAAGAACUAUGCAUGGACCAACAAGGCCCCGCCCACCACUCAGGAUGUUUAUGGCUUCAUGAACAUUCCAAGUCACAAACAACGCAAGAAAAUCAAAGUGAAGACUGAAGUUGUGACCGUGAGCUUCUGGUGCCUCAACCCUGCUGUGGCCUUUUCCGACCUGAGUGGCAAAGUUCACAGCAUUGUUCUGACUUCAGGGACUCUGUCACCUAUGAGCUCCUUCUCCUCAGAACUGGGGGUGAAAUUUUCCAUCCAACUGGAGGCCAGUCAUGUCAUCAACAGAUCUCAGGUGUGGGUUGGCACAGUGGGCGAGGGUCCUCAAGGCAGGAAACUGUGUGCCACCUUCCAACAUGCUGAGACCUUCAUCUUCCAAGAUGAAGUGGGUGCUCUGCUGCUGCAUGUCUGCCAGGUGGUCUCCAAGGGGGUCCUCUGCUUCUUCCCCUCCUACAAGAUGCUGGAUAAGAUGCGGGAUAGGUGGAUCACCACCGGAGCUUGGGAGAAACUAGAACAGCUGAAAACGGUGAUAACAGAACCUCGUGGUGGCGGGAAGGGUGAUUUUGAUGAGCUGCUUCAGAUCUACUACAGUGCCAUCAAAUGCAGCGAGGAAAGAGAUGGCGCUCUGCUGAUGGCUGUGUGUCGAGGAAAAGUCAGCGAAGGACUGGACUUCACUGACGACAACGCCAGAGCUGUGGUCACCAUCGGAAUUCCUUUCCCCAACAUCAAAGACCUCCAGGUUGAACUGAAGAUGAAGUACAACGACCAACACUGUAAGAGUCGAGGUCUUCUUCCUGGUCAUCGCUGGUAUGAGAUUCAGGCUUACAGAGCUCUCAACCAAGCACUGGGAAGGUGUAUCCGUCACAGGAAGGACUGGGGGGCUCUAAUCCUGGUGGACGAUCGUUACCGUAGCAACCCCAGCAAGUACAUCACAGGUCUGUCCAAGUGGGUGCGCCAGCUGGUCCAGCAUCACGACUCCUUCCCUGGCGCCAUGCAGUCCCUGGCAGCCUUCUCUCAGGCACAGCACAGGUGGUCCUGUGUAGACCACCACACCUCCCCAGAGAACUGCUCAGGAACCAAGGAGUUGCCAAAGUUCUCAGAUCUUCAUGGUCCACCUCACACACCUGUCCCAGCUGAGCAGGAAGCACCAGAGAAGAUCAACACUCCUCUUCUUCUACCAUCAGCUGAAGAACCUCCUCUGGACCUUUGCCCUCUGACCUCACAUCCUGACCACCACAGCCUUGAAGACCAAACACUCUUUUGUACCCCAGAACUGUUUGAGGAGCAGGCGGAGGAAGAGGAAGUGUUGGAAGAGCAGGCGGAGGAAGAGGCUUCCUGUGAAGGUCCCUCACUGGCUUUAGGAGGCCAGCAGUCAGAAGGUCUGAGAGGACCUCAGCUGGUCCAAAGCAGACCUUCUGCUGAGGACAGCCUGAAGGAAGAAGAUCAGGAAUGUGAGGAAGAAGAACUUCUAGUGAGGAAGAAGAUCAGGAAUGUGAGGAGGAGCAAGAACUUCUAGUGAGGAAGAAGAACUUCUAGGUCCAAAGACAGAGAAGACAAGAUGUAAGAUCUUCAGAUUGUAUGUACAAACUUUAUAACUUUUUAUUUCCUCCAAAUACUCACGUAAACAACAACAUGUCAGGAAAAUAUGUCAUGUGAUCAGAAUAGCAUGUUCAUAUUCAUACACAACUUUAUGUCGACACCACUCACAGAGUGCUUGUAUCCAUGACAUCAAUGUGUUGUCCACAUAGACAUGUCAUCAACACAAACUUGUUGUCCACAUAGACAUGUCAUCAACAUAAACGUGUUGUUGACAUAAAUGUGUUGUCGACAUAGACAUAUCAUCAAUAUAAACGUGUUGUUGACAUAGACAUAUCAUCAAUAUAAACGUGUUGUUGACAUAGACAUAUCAUCAAUAUAAACGUGUUGUUGACAUAAAUGCGUUGUCCACAUAGACAUGUCAUCAACAUAAACGUGUUGUUGACAUAAAUGCGUUGUCGACAUAGACAUGUCAUCAAUAUAAACGUGUUGUUGACAUAAAUGUGUUGUCGACAUAGACAUAUCAAUAUAAACGUGUUGUUGACAUAAAUGCGUUGUCCACAUAGACAUGUCAUCAACAUAAACGUGUUGUUGACAUAAAUGUGUUGUCAACAUAGACAUGUCAUCAAUAUAAACGUGUUGUUGACAUAAAUGUGUUGUCGACAUAGACAUAUCAUCAAUAUAAACGUGUUGUUGACAUAAAUGUGUUGUCCACAUAGACAUGUCAUCAACACAAACUUGUUGACAGUAAUGUGUUGUCGACAUAGACAUAUCAUCAACAUAAACGUGUUGUUGACAUAAAUGUGUUGUCGACAUAGACAUGUCAUCAACAUAAACGUGUUGUUGACAUAAAUGUGUUGUCGACAUAGACAUGUCAUCAACAUAAACUUGUUGACAUAAAUGUGUUGUCGACAUAGACAUAUCAUCAACACAAACUUGUUGUUGACAAUAAUGUGUUGUUGACAUAGACAUGUCAUCCACAUAAACUUGUUGACAUAAAUGUGUUGUCAACAUAGACAUGUCAUCAACAUAAACUUGUCGACAUAGACAUGUCAUCAACAUAAACGUGUUGUUGACAUAAAUGUGUGGUCGACAUAAAUGUGUUGUCGACAUAGACAUGUCAUCAACAUAAAUGUGUUGUUGACAUAAAUGUGUUGUCGACAUAAAUGUGUUGUCGACAUAGACAUGUCAUCAACAUAAACUUGUUGACAUAAAUGUGUUGUCGACAUAGACAUAUCAUCAACACAAACUUGUUGUUGACAAUAAUGUGUUGUCGACAUAGACAUGUCAUCCACAUAAAGUUGUUGACAUAAAUGUGUUGUCAACAUAGACAUGUCAUCAACAUAAACUUGUCGACAUAGACAUGUCAUCAACAUAAACGUGUUGUUGACAUAAAUGUGUGGUCGACAUAAAUGUGUUGUCGACAUAGACAUGUCAUCAACAUAAAUGUGUUGACAUAAAUGUGUUGUCGACAUAAAUGUGUUGUCGACAUAGACAUGUCAUCAACAUAAACUUGUUGACAUAAAUGUGUUGUCGACAUAGACAUAUCAUCAACACAAACUUGUUGUUGACAAUAAUGUGUUGUCGACAUAGACAUGUCAUCCACAUAAACUUGUUGACAUAAAUGUGUUGUCGACAUAGACAUAUCAUCAACACAAACUUGUUGUUGACAAUAAUGUGUUGUCGACAUAGACAUGUCAUCCACAUAAACUUGUUGACAUAAAUGUGUUGUCAACAUAGACAUGUCAUCAACAUAAACUUGUCGACAUAGACAUGUCAUCAACAUAAACGUGUUGUUGACAUAAAUGUGUUGUCGACAUAAAUGUGUUGUCGACAUAAAUGUGUUGUCGACAUAGACAUGUCAUCAACAUAAACUUGUUGACAUAAAUGUGUUGUCGACACAGACAUAUCAUCAACACAAACUUGUUGUUGACAAUAAUGUGUUGUCGACAUAGACAUGUCAUCCACAUAAACUUGUUGACAUAAAUGUGUUGUCAACAUAGACAUGUCAUCAACAUAAACUUGUCGACAUAGACAUGUCAUCAACAUAAACGUGUUGUUGACAUAAAUGUGUUGUCGACAUAGACAUGUCAUCAACAUAAACGUGUUGUUGACAUAAAUGUGUUGUCGACAUAAAUGUGUUGUCGACAAAGACAUGUCAUCAACAUAAACUUGUUGACAUAAAUGUGUUGUCGACAUAGACAUAUCAUCAACACAAACUUGUUGUUGACAAUAAUGUGUUGUCGACAUAGACAUGUCAUCCACAUAAACUUGUUGACAUAAAUGUGUUGUCAACAUAGACAUGUCAUCAACAUAAACUUGUCGACAUAGACAUGUCAUCAACAUAAACGUGUUGUUGACAUAAAUGUGUUGUCGACAUAGACAUGUCAUCCACAUAAACUUGUUGACAGUAAUGUGUUGUCGACAUAGACAUAUCAUCAAUAUAAACGUGUUGUUAACAUAAAUGUGUUGUCGACAUAGACAUGUCAUCAACACAAACUUGUUGACAGUAAUGUGUUGUCGACAUAGACAUAUCAUCAAUAUAAACGUGUUGUUGACAUAAAUGUGUUGUCAACAUAAAUGUGUUGUCGACAUAGACAUGUCAUCCACAUAAACUUGUUGACAUAAAUGUGUUGUCAACAUAGACAUGUCAUCAACAUAAACUUGUCGACAUAGACAUGUCAUCAACAUAAACGUGUUGUUGACAUAAAUGUGUUGUCGACAUAAAUGUGUGGUCGACAUAGACAUGUCAUCCACAUAAACUUGUUGACAUAAAUGUGUUGUCAACAUAGACAUGUCAUCAACAUAAACUUGUCGACAUAGACAUGUCAUCAACAUAAACAUGUUGUUGACAUAAAUGUGUUGUCGACAUAAAUGUGUUGUCGACAUAGACAUGUCAUCCACAUAAACUUGUUGACAUAAAUGUGUUGUCAACAUAGACAUGUCAUCAACAUAAACUUGUCGACAUAGACAU